UUAAAUUGUUUCUUUGUUUAAUUGUUUUUUCUAAAUUUUCUUUAACAGGUUUUCAUUCCCUUUACUGAGAUGAAGUGUUAAUUUUAAUUGUUAUCUCAUCUUAUCUUUUGUUUCUCUUCCUUCAUUAAGAGUAUUUAAAGUGUAAACCAUAAUCAUUAGAAAUUAAUUUUCCCUUGUUACCGUUUUCUUUUGCUUCUCUUUGUGUUUCCAAUCUAAUAAGUAUAAAAACGUAUUAAUCUCUUUGAUUGUUGGUUUUAAUUGUAAAUAAUUUAACCUUUCAAUUGUUUUUGUCUCUAUAAAUUUUCAAAUUAAUUAAUUCUAAUUGGUUUUGAGAUUCUUUCUUUUUUUCCUUCGUCUUAUUUUGGUAUUUGGAUCAGUAUUUUGGGUGACACUUGAAUAACUUAUUCUAAAUUGCCACUGUUGUCAUUGGAAUUUUUUCAUCUUGUCACCAGUUUUCUCCUUUCUUCAAUUGCUGGUUGUUUCCAAUUCCCGCCUAAUCCCUUCACCCAUUUUCCACCAUUUAUAUGAAUGAAUAACUAGUGUUUCUUGUUUUGUGUCACUCUGAGUAUGAAUACUUGUUAACAUCGAUAACGUUUUGAUACCAAGGUUAAGGAAGAAGAAGAAGAAGAGGAAAGAUCAAGGUGAGAAAAGAAGCAAUUUGGAAAGAGAAGGAUCAUCAUCAUAACAAAGUUCAGGAAGAAUAAGGAAAAGACAGAAAGAGAAGGAGCUCAUUAGAUUUGGAAUUGAAUCUCAUCAAAUGGAAACAACAUCAACAGAUAAGAAGACAGAAGAAAAAACUCAAAAGCGACAGUGAUUUAACUGAAUUACAAUUUGGACAAUCUAUCAUCUCUUCAUUAUUUGUAUGACUACGGAAUCAACUCAGUGGAAAUUUCAUCAAUCAACAAAGUUUAUAUUUCUUUUUUGUAUCAAAUAUAAUCUUCCACCCAAAUUGAUUACGAUUUGAUUAUCAUGGUGAUUCCAGUUAAAACCUUUGGACUAGUAGUGUCAACAAGUCUAUUAUUUACCAUAGUGAUUCUAUUUCAACCAUGUUCUGGUACAAAUAUUAAAUUAAAAACAAAGAACUGGAAUAUGUCCAUGGAAACGAGUCUUGGAUCAAUUUUAUCGGGAUUCAGUGCUCUUUUCAAUUCGGGAAUAGAUACAAUUAGCCGAUCAGUUGGUUCCGUUGCUAAUCAUCCUACUUUAAAUAGAAUUGGCUUAAGUGCACCUUUAUCAGUAUUAUCAUCAGUUUCAUCUAAAUCAUCAUCACCAUCAUCUCCUUCAACUGAUCCAUUGUCAUCAUCAUCAUCAUCUUCAUCAUCGUCUUCACCUUUCCUACUUUCUGCUUUAGAUCCCGUUGUAUCAUCAAUGUUAUCAGGUAUGGAAAAAGUUUCGGCCAAUGGUUGUUUCUAUCGAGGUGAAAUUUGUUACAAAAGUUUAGGUUGUUUCAAUACCGGUGAAUCGGCCUCGAAAAGAACUUGUUUCCUUCCAGAAUUACCUUCGUUCGUGAGGACCAAAUUUCUCGUCUACAAAUCACCAGAAGAUGCUCCAGUUCCAAUUAGCUACGAAGAUGAUGAAAGUCUCUCAGCUAUUCCCGCCUCAAGUAAUGUUGCCUUUAUCAUUCAUGGUUACACUGAGAGUGGCAGUGAAUCGGAUUAUAUUGAAAUGAUGAAACGUCUCCUACGUUUUACCGAUACUGAUGCGGUCAUUGUUGUUGACUAUCGAAUAGCCGUUCGAAUUGGUAACUUUCUUCGAGCCAUUGCAAACACCGAAUUGGUUGGCCGACAAGUGGCCUUAUUGAUUGAGAAACUAAAGAUUCACCGGUCUAUUAAUCCAAAAAAUAUUCAUCUUAUUGGUUAUUCGUUAGGUGCCAAAGUUUCACAUUUUGCUUGUUCUUGGGGUAACAAACUAUUCGGUACCAAGAUUGGCAGAGUUACCGGAUUGGACCCUGGCGACCAUUUAGCCGAUACCAAUAAGGAGACGACAUUGAAUGAAAACGAUGCUGAUUUUGUGGACGUUAUUCACUCUUCCGGGUUCGAUGAGCAAUCCCCAAUCUCAAGUCUCCGUGCCGGUCGCUUUGGUAUUCCCAAUCCAAUGGGACAUGUUGACUUUUAUCCGAACGGUGGGUACAAACAACCCUGGUGCACCAAGGCAACCAAUUUCCUCUGUGAUCACAUCGCGGCCCGACAAUUUUUCAUCGCUUCUCUGGUCGAGUGUAACUUCAAUACGGUUCACUGUAAAUCGUUCAACAUUUGGGAGACCAAAAAUCCCUGUAAAACAAUUGACACCUCACCAAAGGCUUCCUCAAUAAUGGGCUACUACAGUCGCGAACGACCAGGUCGUGGAAUUCAGUAUAUAAAAACUGCUGAACAAUUUCCAUUCUGUUGAACUUUUUUUUCUCACCUUUCUAAUUCUCCUCGUUGGAAACCUCGAGGGACUCAUGUAGAUUUUCAAAGAUUCACCCCACCUAAUUUAUUCACAAAUACACUUACCAAUAAUACUUUUGACGUAAUAAUAUCAAUCGGAUGCUCAAUAUACUCACCACAAUUCAAUAGAUGGCUCCAGUCACACUGAGUUACACAAAGUUCUGGGAACUUUUCUGUUCACCGUCACCAUCUAUCGAUACAAUUUGGAAUCUUAUUUCGACCUGGAAUCUUUAUCCUUACGAAUUGUAAGAAUUAAUUAUUUAACCAGCAAAACUUAAGUUCACCAUGAUAAGAAAACUAUUUCCUUAAUACAUAAUUCAUCAAUUGAUGAUUAAUUGAUUGUAGAUUAAUAUUCAUUGUCUUUAUUAAGAUAAAUUGAGUUGAUUAAGUAUUGAUCUAUUACAUUUA